AUGGCGCCUAUGCGCGGUGAGCGUGGUGGUUCCCCUGCCCGAGGUGCCCGCCCCUCUCUUCCUUUGCCAAGGAAACUCAUAAGACAGAUCGCUCGGCACGUGGCCUCUAGCGGCCGCUCGCUGCGUCGCCUCGAGGUGUCCGGACGAGUAAUAGACAACUUCGACGAUAUCGACGACCCAUCAGACGAGUCAGACAUGGAGGUCCCACAAGCCACAGUGGCGUGUGGUGGCAAUGCUGGCAACUUGCCUCCAGCGGAACACGACGAUGACUUGACCAGCCUCAGUUGGCUGCAGGACAGGAAUCUUCUUAGAGGAAUUAACUUAACCAAAGGUGAUGUAGAAGACACGAAAAUGAUUGGCAGCCAAGUGGUAAUAAAGUCAGAACCUUCGAAAACGCCUUCACCAGUAGCCAGGAUGCCUUCGCCGCCUAGAACUCCAUGCAAAGCCCCUCCCUCCCCGCCAGCGGUUGCCGCUCACACAAAGCCACCAUACUCGUUCUCUUGCCUGAUAUUCAUGGCGAUAGAAGCUGCGCCAGCACGAGCUCUACCAGUCAAAGAAAUAUAUGCUUGGAUAGUGCGACAUUUUCCCUACUUCAAGCACGCUCCACAAGGAUGGAAGAACAGUGUACGACACAAUCUUUCACUUAACAAGUGCUUCCAUAAGGUCGCAGCCGCCCCUGGUCUCGGCAAAGGCUCUUUAUGGACGGUCGAUCCACAGCAUCGAGCGUCAUUACUACAGGCGUUCGGCCGGCAGCCCAUCCCGCCCGCGGCCCCGGACACGCCCCCGCCGGCCAAGAACGCGCCCGACCCCCAGCUGUUCCCGUACCUGGCGCGCCGCCUCGCCGCCUCCCCGCCCCCCGCGCCCACCGCCGACGAGUACCUCGCCGCCGCCUCCGUGCUCACCAUGAAGUACGGGCCCGCUGUACUCGACCAGGUACGUGCACGAUAUAUGUAUACUGUCUCCGUGCUUAGCUUGAAGUACGGGCCCGCUGUAUUCGACCAGAUACGUACACGAUAUAGGUAUACUCUUUCCGUGCUCACCAUGAAGUACGGGCCCGCUGUACUCGACCAGGUACGUGAUAUAAGUAUACUGCUUCCAUGCUCACCAUAA